CGACAGCAUGUUGAGCAGCCCGACUCCCGCCUUGACAACGGCCGUACUAUGGUUUGCUCAAACUUGGGCCGCAGUACGGGCGUAUGUAGUUGGUACUACUACCGUAAAUAGUUCUUUUCUCUAGGAAUAUUGGGUUCCUCCCAAGACAUGAGCCAUUCAUGAUUCGCCCAUCCCCUGUAUUGUCGUUAUCGUCCCAUCGGUAAUGAUGCGCCCUCGACGCCAUCUCGAUCUAAGAGCAUGCCGGUUGGCCUUGAAUGCCUCCACGACGCUAGUCAUGGCGAAAUGCGUGAUGGACAACUAGUUGACAUCGUUGCUGUUCACGAUGUCCACCAAGACUCCCCCGAGACAUGGACUCAUCAAACAUCCGGCAUAAAUUGGCUACGCGACCUCCUCCCACAGGAUGUCCGUGUCGGCAGGGUAUUAUCCUAUGGCUACGAUUCGUCAGCCUCGGCCUUGCUUUCCGACGACGGCCCCGAAACCAUGCAGCGGAUGGCUGAGUCGUUCGUCCAGGAGCUUCGCGCAGACAGGCAGUUUGCGGGUGCGCUGAGGCGCCCCAUCAUCUUCGUAUGUCACGGUAUUGGCGGCGUGCUCGUGAAGAAGAGCCUGGUCUACGCCUCGACGCGGACUGCUCCCAAAGUCGCCCAUCUCUGGGACCACUAUGUCUCGACAUUCGCCAUUCUGUUCUUUGGGACCCCUCACCGGGAUGUGGACAAGUCAAGUUGGCUAGAGUAUGAAGCCAUGAUGUCCAAGUCGACACGGCGUCAGGUCGGGGCCUUCUUCCGGGCCACCGCGGGCAAAGGUGACUCUCAGAUGCCUCGAUUAGUCGACAACGAUUUUGCACCGCUUGUCAAGCAGUUUCACUUGUUCUUCUUCUGGGAGCAGCUCCCAACUCGGUUGGGGAGCCGAUCAGCAAUGCUCGUGGACCACAACUCGGCGGCCCCAAAACUCGACAAUACCGAGGCAGCGGGGAUCCAUGCGGCGCACCCGGAUAUGUGCAAAUUCAGUUCUAGAGCAUCGUCAGACUAUCGCACCGUCAUUGCCGCUUUGAUCACGUACUGCGAGAAGGCCCCCGGUAUCAUCUCUCGGCGAUGGAGACAGGCAGAGGGGGCCCUCAGGCAACUCAGGCUAGGGGAGGUCGAGGAGAUCGGAGGCUUCGGUUUCGACGUACAUCUAGAACAACCAUACCGAAGCCAGGAUAUCCGCUCAAAUGGUAAUAUGAUCCAUUUCCAUAUACCUGAAGAGACUUCACCUACAUUCGUAGGCCGCGAAGACUUGCUGAAGAGGAUACGCUUUGCCUUCUUCCCUGGUAACGGCCCAACAACUACCCCCUCCCGGAAAUCGUUCGUCAUCUUUGGCAUGGGAGGUUCUGGAAAGACGGAACUGUGCUGCAAGUUUGCUACCGACAAUAGAUUUGAAUACACGGCCGUUUUUACCAUACGCGCUGCCUCCCCUGAAACGGUUAAAGACUCGUACUGCAGCAUUGGGCAACUCGCGGGCCUAGAACCGACAGAAAGUGCUGGACGACACGUCCUGUCGCAGCUAAAGGAGCCAUGGCUCCUCAUCAUCGACAACGCAGACGAUCGCUCCAUGAAAUUAACGCGCUUAUUCCCCACCGGUGGCUCUGCGCAUAUAAUCAUUACAACAAGAGUCCGGGACUUUAGCCAAGAAGGGACACUUGGGUCUCUCGAACUCAAGGGGCUCAAAGAGUCAGAAGCCCUCCAGUUGUUGCUCACAAAAGCCAAUAUCCGGCAACCUUGGGACUCUUCAGUUACUAAAACGGCGAGGCUCAUUGCUAAGGCACUCGGCUAUCUAGCACUGGCCCUGAUCCAGGCCGGGACUUGUGUGUAUAGGGGAGUAUGCGAGCUCGGCGGUUACCUCGAGAUGCAUUCCGUGGCGAAACGGAGACAGCGGGAAAAGUCGCGCCGGUCACAAAACGACGCUAUCAGCGGCGAUGUAAUCGAGGUUGUCUACUCUACCUUUGACGUUUCUCUCAGUCUCUUCGAGAAGCCCAAGAGUGUGGUGAGCCAAGACGCAACCGAACUGUUGAAGAUGAUGGCCUUUUUCCACUUCGAGUACAUCCCCCAGGAGCUAUUCACUCGGGCGGCCACAAACCGGGACAACGCACCCAGUUCCACGAACUCGGCGUCGUGGGCAUCAAACCUAGCAAAUAGCUUCAUGCGCCGCCUGGAGCCCCCGACCCCUUUGCCCGGCUUCCUCAAAGUGAAGGACCGAGAAGUGGGAAAGCAGCGGGUCAAACUCGCGCUCGCCGAGCUUGGGACGCUUUCCCUCGUUCGCCAGGAUGGGAAGUACGUCUCGCUACACCCGUUGAUCCAUUCGUGGGCGAGGGACAGCCUCACGACCACCGAGGGUCCUCUUUGGGCCUCGAUUGCGCUGCACACCAUCAUACGAUCCAUAUCACUACCACCCAUUAGCAAUACAAAAGAUGAUGGCGAGUUUCACAGGGACAUUCUCCCACAUCUCGAGGCCUGUCUAGCUGUCACCGGCUACCCGAUAUCACCGGAUAGACGUGCGGUAGGGACGUACCGUCUGCGGGUUUCCAUGUUCCUCCAGCCGACUCUGCUCAUCAUACUUCGCGACCAAGUCCGCAUGCAUGCCAAAUUCGGUUGGGUGUUCGCCGAACGAGGUCACUUCGACAAGGCCGCUGACCAUCUCCGGAUCGUGAGGGAGAUGCUGGUCAAGCUCGCUGGGGAGGAAGACGAGAAGACAAUGAACGCAACCCUCGGCUUGGCAGGGGUAUUAUGGGGCUUGGGCCGUCUGGAGGAGGGCAUCAACCUGGGGCGCUCCGUCGUCGAAACAAGAACACGCAUUUACGGACCGAGGGACGAACGGACCCUCGGCGCGAUGAACAAACUGGGACAGUCCUACUGGCUCAACGGCCAGUAUCGCGAGGCGCUCGAGCUGCAAGGAACGACCUCGGGACUAAUGAAGGAAGUACUCGGAGAGAGCCACCCAGCCACGCUCGAAGCGCUCGACAGCCUCGGCGUGACCCUCGGGGCGUGGCACCGGUUCCAAGAAAGCCACGACGUACACCAAUUCGUCCUCGCCGCCCGCCUCCGCGCCCUCGGACCAACCCACCUCGACACGCUCACCACCAAAUGCAACCUCGCCAUGGCGCUGCUCGACCUCAACCUGCCCGACGCCGCCGAAACCGCCAUGACCGAGGUCUACACGCAACGCCAAACCCAGCUCGGCAAAGAACACCCCUGGACGCUCUGGGCGCUCAGCUACCUCUGCAAGAUCCACAUCCACCGCGGCCACCUCACCACCGCCGAAGCCCUCCUCAACUGGGGCCUCGCCGCCGCCACCCGCAGCCUCGGGCCCAACCACCUCGGCGUGCUCAUGGGCCGGGGCCAACUCGCCCUCAUCUACGCGCGAACCAACCGCCUCUCGCAGGCCGAGCACCUGAGCAUCGACACGGUGGCGCGGGUCGAACAGUCGCGCGGCGCCGCCCACCCGGACUGCGUGUACGCGCUGUGGCGGCUGGCCCGCCUGUAUGUGCUGCGCGAGCCCGACUGCGACGCCGGCGCCGGCUCGGGCUCGGAUCAUUACUCGGAUCAUUACUCGGAUGACUCGGAUGACUCGGAUGAUGUCUACCGGGCCCGGCGCGCGCGCGCCGCAGAGACCUGUGACUUGGGCCUCCGCCGUGCGGAGAUGCGUCUCUCGCUGCGGCACCCGCUUGCGCGCCAGCUGAGGCGGCUGCGGGAGGGGUUGGGGGAUCCGGAGGCUAGUGCUGAGGUGUUGUUGGCGGUACACCUCGACGGUGGACUGCGAUGAAUUGGUUUGGAGGGGUUAUAUUCUGGAUCGUAGGAGAGAGUGUUGGUGAGACUACCUUAACACCGCUUGCUCUUACGUCCACGGUAUUGAGGGUUGAUGGAAUGCAUUUCACUCUCUAGCCAAAAAAGGCGGGCUCUAGUUAAAGAGAGAGAGGGAGAGAGGGAGAGAGAGAGGGAGAGAGGGAGAGAGAGAGAGAGAGAG